CACGCCGACUCUCCAUCACCGAUAUCCACCACCAGUUGUUCCACAUACGCGGCCAUGGUCUAUGCACUCAUUCCACACUCAUGAAGGUCCCAGCAACGAAAAGCGAAUCGGGAUAACCUGCGCGGCGGCCAGCAUGAACGUCGCGUGCUUCGUCUGCGGGUACGACGUCUGCGAUCGUGAUCGCCAAGGGUACUCGACGCGCUGGCUUGAAGAGUUCCGUCUUGUUACCAAUCAUGACGGUCUGGGGGUGUCAAUCUCGGGCAUCGGCAUCAAGAGUGACCUGGCGGGCGACCGAUGGACCGCUCCCCUCGACUACACCAAGCACUGGGCCGACAUGGGAGCACCGGAAAUCGCUCGAGUAGGCGUCAUGUUCCAAGGCUUCAUCGACGGCAGAUAUGGCUACCCUGUCCAUGUCGUUUGUUGGGAGCUCGCACGGAGGGUCUUUGCCCCAGAGGAGAUUGACCCUCCCACUAUGUUCUCGGUGCUGGACAGCCUACCGGCCCACGACCAGGACUUAGGCUUGGACUGGGGACACAGAUAUGGAGGGCUCUUGAUGGCUGACCACGAUCACCACGACCCUGCCCUGUCCACGCUGCGCAUUGAUUAUCAAGGUCCUACAUCGAAUAUCGCCAAGCACAAUCCGUUGAACGUCAUUGAACACGAGACACUCCACGAUGGGAAGGCCGAGACGCCAUUCCCUGUCCCGACCAUCAUGGACAGACACUACGCGGAGAGUCGUGACCCGUUUGCGAAGCUGCCACCAGAGCUUCUCCUCCUCGUGUCUUGCGACCUCUCAACCUUGGAUGUAGCACGCGUCAGACUCGCCUCGAGAGCUUUCCGCCCCGUCUUUGACGAAAAUCAGUUCUGGAAGUCGCGAUUCACAGCUACUGAUGAGCGGCGCUGGGUCUUCGAGGUGAGCGAAUGGAGACAGCGUGCGCAUAGCACCAACCAGUCGCUUGACUGGAGGUCGCUGUACUACCGGACCAGCUCUUCAAACGGCCCCGCCUCACUUCAAAACAGAGAGCGCAUCUGGCGUUUACUUGAACACGCGCGGGAGGUCGUCUCUCUGCGCUGUUUCCAGUCCCCCGUUGAGUUCGGGACGUGGCUUAUCCCGGAUGAGCUCGCGUGGGAUCGAGCAACAGCCGAAAUACACGAGGGCGACAGCGCGCGAGACCGAACCUUUACUGAAGGAUGUCGACUAUUCCACACGCAGCAAGUUUUAAUCCCAGACAAUGUCACGAGCUUGGAAGUCUUUUUGGUGCACCUCGGCUCGGAAGUUUAUGUAGCUGGACUGGCGUUCCGAGCGCCUCAGAGCGAGACCAUAGCUCUGGGAUACAAAUCGACCAGAACUCAAACCGUGCACAUGCAAGGAAGACUCUCUGGCCUCGAGGUGAGCAUUGGAAACCGAGGGGUACAUGGCCUGCAGUGUGUGUUCGAAGACGGGAGCAUGUCGCAGCAGGUCGGACGCUGGGUUGACGUGCCUCAAACGGGCCGCUUGGGCACAGGAGGAGGCCCGAUUGCAGCCUUGGAGGUCGGCUAUGACGGGUUCAAGAUUGUCAGUCUUGCCGUUGGAAGGGCUGCGUCGCCCCCAUGACGAGGGUAUGGCAUUUACCAUUUCCUCACUUGCAGAGUAUUGGAGCCCAGCAGCCGCGCCAUCCGCUUCUUAGUAUAGAAGCCUUCUAAGUCGCACACGUGGGCUCGCAAUUGUGAAGCCCUUUACACGGAGAGGAAACUCGGACCGGCGAACCCCUUCUACUAAGCUAGAUGGAGAGGAACAACGGAAAUAUGGGUGACACCAGGACCAGAGCGUGCUACCUUCCCUCACGGAAGAGUCGGAAGGAAGAUCAGCGCUGUCUCGCGGCCAUUCGCUAAGCGGCGCCUACAAGUCGGGAAUAUGCCUCUAACAAGCUACGUAACUUAGUAGGCAGCUCAGAAAUGAUGGGCGACCCAACCAGUUUUAGCCGACGCGAGCGUUCCCCCCGCGAAAGGUGUUCCAGAUACAGCGGGUCAGAACGCGUAGGCUCACGCCGGAUCAGCAUCUCCAACAAAAAGCAUUAACAGGCAUCCUAUCCAGGGGCUGUGUGGGGGUUUUGAACAAGCGAGAUCGAAUGGAACGAUCAUGUCAACGUUGGUUCCUGGAUACGUACGGAAGCCAAGAGGUCGAUCUUGGCUCGGUUUCGAAGCACGUAGCGGCAAGGCCACGGAGCUUUACGCGGCCGCUAGAGGCUGUGUGGUACUACAGAAACAAAUAGUUAAUG